GUGCCUACUCGCUCCCAACACUACCACCAACCGAAUGUUCGGCGCGAGACCUGGGGCCAGGGCGAAACCGUUGGUGGAGCCGCGCGCCGAAAGACGUUCAAAUUCAAAUAUAAAAGGCUGCACGUUUUGGGGGGAGAAAAGGAAACGAGAAGAGACAUUACAAAUAAAUUGCCCCGAACCUCCUUAAAACCCAUCGCACGAUUUCAUUUCCCCCCUUCCCCCUCAUUUUCGGGCCGAUUCCUAACGCGAUUGGUUCGUUUCGCUGUCAGUCACGUUUCUCGCAGUGCCGUAUCGCAAGAAGGCGGGAAUGUAACAGAUGCAUUUUAGCUUUCCCGAACAAAAAGGGAUGUUGAAGGUUUAUUCCGUUGCGUAUUCGAAUAUCUUAUCGCUGUUUAUUGAUUUCAGUGUCCCGGUGCUUCUUCACCCUUUCCCUUUCCCACCCCCACACCCGGCUCCCGCUCUCCUCGGACUAACUGUCUCUACUUUUGGAUCCGAAAACGGUCAAAUCCGUCCGCAGCAAUGAGCGACGGGAGUUGUAGUCUUUGGCCCGGGAUGCGGCCGCGCUAGUCAAGGGCCAGUCGAAGCUCUAAGGACUACAAAUGCCGGCAUGCCUCGCGGUCCGCCAUUGUCUGCCGCUAACGUCAACAUAACAAACCCAUGGUUAAAUGUCGCCGGGCGAACUUGUUGGAAGAGACAAAAAAACACACACGAAAUAAGGAAAUGAUCGGUGCUCAGUUUAAAUAAUCCAGCCCGUUUCCCUUCCUCCCCCCUCCAACAGACGUUGAAAGUAUUUAUGCAUUUAUGGAGUGACAGUCAUGGAUUACGAUUUUAAAACGAAACUAGCGGCAGAGCGAGAGAAAGUAGAAGAUCUGUUUGAAUAUGAAGGUUGCAAAGUGGGUCGUGGUACCUACGGUCAUGUUUACAAAGCAAAAAGAAAAGAUGGGAAUGAUGAGAAAGAGUAUGCUCUCAAACAGAUUGAAGGCACUGGUAUUUCCAUGUCUGCUUGCAGAGAGAUUGCAUUGCUGCGAGAGCUGAAGCAUCCCAACGUGAUUGCUUUGCAAAAGGUGUUCCUUUCACACAGUGACAGAAAGGUCUGGCUCCUGUUUGAUUAUGCAGAACAUGAUUUAUGGCAUAUUAUCAAGUUCCAUCGUGCCUCAAAAGCAAAUAAAAAGCCAGUACAGCUACCAAGGGGAAUGGUCAAAUCACUGCUUUAUCAAAUACUUGAUGGAAUUCAUUAUCUCCAUGCAAACUGGGUUCUUCAUAGGGACUUGAAACCAGCAAACAUCCUAGUGAUGGGGGAAGGACCAGAACGAGGACGUGUAAAAAUAGCUGACAUGGGCUUUGCCAGACUGUUUAAUUCUCCUCUAAAGCCUUUGGCUGAUUUGGAUCCAGUAGUAGUAACAUUUUGGUAUCGUGCGCCGGAAUUACUGCUUGGAGCCAGACAUUAUACAAAAGCAAUUGAUAUCUGGGCAAUUGGAUGCAUUUUUGCAGAACUUUUGACAUCAGAACCCAUUUUUCAUUGUCGCCAGGAAGAUAUCAAAACAAGUAAUCCUUUUCACCAUGAUCAAUUGGAUCGUAUUUUCAGUGUUAUGGGAUUUCCGGCUGAUAAAGACUGGGAAGACAUCCGCAAGAUGCCCGAAUACCCAACUCUGCAGAAAGACUUCAGGAGAACAACCUACGCUAACAGCAGCCUCAUUAAAUAUAUGGAGAAACACAAAGUCAAGCCUGACAGUAAAGUAUUUCUUCUGCUGCAGAAACUCCUGACUAUGGAUCCAACAAAAAGGAUUACAUCUGAGCAAGCUCUACAGGACCCAUACUUCUUGGAAGAGCCUUUACCAACUACAGAGCUGGAAUAUUAUGUCAUCCCAACGCCUCCCACUCAAGUGCUGAUGGAAUGUGUCUUUGCAGGUUGCCAGAUCCCAUAUCCUAAGCGGGAAUUUCUUAAUGAAGAUGAAGCAGAAGAGAAAGGUGAAAAGAAUCAACAGCAAACUCAGCAACACCAGCAGCAGACAACACAGAAUCAACAGCAACAAGCCCCCCAACAACAAAACAGCACACAGACAAAUGGGACAGCUGCUGGAGGAGGAGGUGGCGGAGGAGCACCAGGAGCAGGCCUACAGCAUAACCAGGACAGCAGUCUCAAUCAGGCACCUCCAAACAAGAAACCUCGAAUAGGCACAUCAGCUACAACCUCUGGUGGAUCUGCCAUGCCAACUGAUUACCAGCACUCUGGCACACGUCUGGGUUACCAAAGCAAUGUACAGGGUUCUUCCCAAUCCCAGAACGCUACAGGAUAUUCAUCUUCAACUCAGCAGAGCUCACAGUAUUCACACCAGUCCCACAGGUACUGAUCAGCAUUGCUGACAGAAAGGACUUCAAAGGAAAGCCUUCAGCAAUAUUAUGGUGAAUGGUUCCAAUGAGAGGAACCUAAUGAAUAUGACUGACGUAUGUAAAAUUUAUUGUAUUCAGAAGUACAAACUGGCAUUAUUUAGCAAAAAUUGUUAGAGAAAACAUUGUUCAUAUAAUAAUGUUCUGACUGUCUGGAAGUUCUCAACUACCAAUGCCACUGGAAAGGUUCCAGUCAAGGCCAUUUCUUUAAAGUUGUGUGUAAAUAUCUUUUAAAUAAUUUUAACUCAGCACUUGAGUUUCUCAACUAAGGAGCAGGUGAAAUGCGUUCACUGUUUUUAGAGCACUUUUUGAUGUAGUGACAGGGUUUCCUGUUGCUUGUCCUAAAAUCUAAAUAUAGGAAUUGUACUUUCUAGACAUGCAGCUUAAAAAAAUUAAUCAGUUAACUCUUCAAUCACUAUUCUUCAAUUCUUCAAUUGCUCUGUUUAAUAGUUUCAGUUAUAACAAAUGUUAAUUGUAAAACGUUUUCAAAAAUGAUUUUGGCCGCAAAUGUGAAAAUCCAUUCUCUGUUGUUUUCUUCCUGCAAUGCACAACACCAUAUGUACAUGAAACUACAGUUUUACUCGAUGUAAUCUGCCUGUUGAUUGUACUGAAUAUUCCCAGCACUGAAAACUAAAUUCCACUUUUUUGUGCUCCCAAUGUCGCGCUUCAUGCAUUGGGUCGUACGUGCAGAAUUUUGGUGUGGAAGACAGAAGCUCUGGUUGGUAACUGGAAUGAAUUUCUAUUAGUGAGCUAUAGGAGAAAAACUGUGCAAGCUGUCAAUCAGUUGCCUCAAGCUACAUGCCUGAAUGGCUAAUAUGUGCUUUCAUUAAGCAAAACCCUGGGCAAGGUUUUAACUGACUAAAAACCCAGUUACUUACAGCAUUAAAAUCAGCCCCUCCAUGCUGGGAGCGAUAAAUUGUAAAUAUAAUUCCAUAUUUCUACCACUGUUUAAAAAAUUCAACCAAGUGUUUCUCCCUUAUCUUCACAGAAAUGUGCCCCAUCUCUUUGGGCCUCCAGUUGGCUAGUUUCUCAGGGAAUCUCUAGUUUUCACUACUUUUCAGGUUUUUUUUUUAUAUAAAGCCCAUAUGUUUCACAGAGUUUGUUUCAUUUCUAGCAGCACAAUAGGGACUUCCAAUGCUCCAAUUGUCUGUCUGUGUUAGAAAUUAAUUCUAUGUCUAGGUUUGGAAGUGAGGCUAUAAACUAAUUGAAGUACUGAAAAGGCACAGUACAUGGAUAAAGCUGUCUAAAGUCGUCUUCUAAGCAGGAGAUUAGGUUAAAUUUCUGCUUUUAUUUUGUUCUUGCAUAUAUAACUCACAAUGUGCUUAGAGUAAACUGUUUACUUUUUGGAAGUUUCAGGGCUUCUUACUUUGGGGAAUAUUCAUUCUUCAUGCAGUUAUGAAUUAAAUUCACAGAAAUAUAGUCACUGCAUUGAAUGCCCUUUACUACAAGUUUAUUGGAAAAUGGAUGAAGAAAAAGGUAAAUAUCUGUAUUUAUGUUGAUUAAAUGCCAAUAAGAUGUCAGUUUGGUGAAUUAGCAAACUGUCAUUUUAUCUAUUAUUUUAGUGCAUUGUAACAUACAACAAUUGUAAAAGUGGAGUCUUUAGACAGGACUGACUCCUACAGUUCUAUUUAUACAGUUACAGCAUCUUGAACUUACUACCUGCACAGAUUGCAUGAAAUCUACAUGAUAUUUCUGUUUCACUCUUUUCAUUCAAGAUCCAUUUGUGAAGCCACAGGUAAUGGACAUAAAUUAACUUGACUUUUGGCUUAAUUUAAAUACUGCCUAAAAAUAGGUUCACAAUCAUGUAACUAAAUCUUCUGAAAGGAAACUAGAAUAAAUGAGAGCCUGAAUAGUUAGAGAAUGGAAUUCAUGCAUUGAUCAUCUUGAAAUGGUGUCCUGUCAAUGUUAGGGAACAAUUGAUCCAAGCAUUCAGUGUCAAUAUUCUGUAUUAUUUAUAACAACUAUAGAAUUAUACAAGACAAAAUAUCCUUUAGAGCUUAUUUUCACCUCUAUAGGAGACAAUAUUGACUUCAUGACUGCAGGUGAUAUUUUAUCUGAUCACGGUGCUGUAAUUAUGUUCACGUGUAAUUAAGUAU